CAAUUGACUCGCCUCCGCCACAAUCCGGCGACCAAGGAGAUCUGUGCUCGUGCGGGAGAAGAAGAACGCCGAGAAAUCGAAGCUUAUAAAGUAUUUGACUUUACUGAUCAUAGCUUUAGGUUUAGGCUUCUCUAUCAGUUUCCUAGGAUGGAUCUGGAGACUGAAAAUCGAAUAGCUUCGGUUCUGUUAAGAGAAGCAGCAGAGUUGAGGAGACAAGCUGAAAGAGAUGGCGUCCGAGCUUAUCUUGAGAAGCCUAAUGUAAGGCAUCGUCCUAACUCGAGGUUUCUCACAGCAACCGUCCUCGGUGUUCAACAAUCAAACAGAGCGGUGGAGACCAAUGAGAUGUGGAAGGCUCGGGAGAAAGAGAUUGAGCUAGAGAACGAGAGACGCAAAAGAAAAUCAAGAGAGGAAAGCAGCAGCAGCAGUAGUAGCCGAAUGAAGCGGAGUAGUAGCUUCUCUAAAAGGAGUUUGGAUAAGAGAUGUAGUUCCAGUAAUGAUGAGAAAAAGUUCACUCAUCCAUUGGACGAUGAGGAUGAAGGUUUAGGAGAUGAUGAGAUUGAGUCUUUUCUCCAGUCACGAAACAAACGUGGGAGAGGCUCUAUUGGUCCUAGGAUGGAUGAAACUGGCCCUUAUCUUCCAGCCGAGAAGGUUGAUGAGUUGCAAAGUUCUGAUACAAGGGAACGGAAGGUAGUCUUGGGUCCAGAGAGACCACCUUCACUGAGACUGCAUUCAGAUGACAAGGAGCCUGGUCGGAGAAUUAAAAAGGACUCUACGAAGAAGCUUAGUAAGAAAGACAAGAAGACAGAGAAGAAGAGAAAACGUGACAAACACUAGAGGUUUAUUGUAGUUGAAGAUGCUCUGUUGACAGUUCUUGCUCCAGCUUUAGUUCCGAACCAUUUGUAAAUUAUAUACAAUUUGCAACUACAUCUUCUCAAUCUCGCUGCCAA